AUGCAUCCCAGUCUUUUCUUACCUAGCUAUCUAUCUAUCUCAGUUUUUCAUAUCUAUCUCAUUUUCUUCCUAUCUAUUUCUCUCUCUCUCUUUUAUUUUCUUCCUGUCUAUGUAUAUAUCUAUUUAUCUAUCUCAUUUUCUUCCUAUGUAUCCAUACAUUCACUCAUUCUAUCUUUCUACCUAUCCAUACAUUCUUUAUCUUUCUAUCUCAUUUCAUUCUCUCAUUUUCUUCCUAUCUAUCUCAUUUCUUUCUAUCUAUCUAUCUAUCUCAUUUUCUUCCUAUCUAUCUAUCUAUCUAUCUAUCUAUCUAUCUAUCUCAUUUUCUUCCUAUCUAUCUAUCUAUCUAUCUCAUUUUCUUCCUAUCUAUCUAUCUAUCUAUCUCAUUUUCUUCCUAUCUAUCUAUCUAUCUAUCUAUCUAUCUAUCUAUCUCAUUUUCUUCCUAUCUAUCUAUCUAUCUCAUUUUCUUCCUAUCUAUCUAUCUAUCUAUCUAUCUAUCUAUCUAUCUAUCUAUCUAUCUCAUUUUCUAUCUAUCUAUCUAUCUCAUUUUCUAUCUAUCUAUCUAUCUAUCUAAUUUUCUUCCUAUCUCAUUUUCUCUCUAAGUAUCACAGUCUUUUUCUCUCUAUUUAUGUUUCUAUCUAUGUAUCUAUCUAUCUAGGUUUCUAUCUAAGUAUCUAUCUAUCUAGGUUUCUAUCUAAGUAUCUAUCUAUCUAUCUAGGUUUCUAUCUAUCUAUCUCAGUUUCUAUCUAUGUUUUUACUAUCUAUCUAUCUCAGUGUGUUUAUAUCUAUCUUUUUAUUGAUCUAUUCAUAUCUAUCUCUUAA